UCCGGGUUCUCUGGGCACACACUGAACACAGCAGGCCACUCAGGCCUCCAGGAUGCCUGUCCCUGCCUCCUGGCUGCCCCCUCCUCCUUGCCUGCUGCUGACUCUACUGCUGGGCCUCCCAGGAGGGGCAGGUGAGGAGCUGCAGGUGAUUCAGCCUCAGAAGUCAGUGUCCGUCACAGCAGGAGAGACGGCCACUCUGAGCUGCACUGCGACCUCCCUGCUCCCCGUGGGGCCCUUCCUGUGGUUCAGAGGGACAGGGCCAGACCGGGAGUUAAUCUACAGUUUCAAAGGAGGCCACUUCCCCCGAGUAACAAGUGUUGCAGACGUCACAAGGAGAGACAACUUGAACUUUUCCAUCCGACUCAGUAACAUCACCCCAGCAGACACAGGGACCUACUACUGUGUGAAGUUCCGGAGAGGAGGCAGUGAUAAUGACACGGAGUUCAAGUCUGGAGCAGGCACUCAGCUCAGCGUGAGUGCCAAACCCUCGCCCCCUGUGGUAUCAGGCCCCACGGGCAGGGCCCCGCCUGGGCAGACAGUAAACUUCACCUGCAAGUCCCACGGCUUCUCCCCGAGAAACAUCGUCCUGAAGUGGUUCAAGGAUGGGAAUGAGCUGCCAGCCUCCCAGACCACCGUGGACCCAGAGGGAGACAGCCCUUCCUACAGCAUCUCCAGCACAGCCAGGGUGCGGCUGGCCCCGGGGGAUGUUCGCUCCCAGGUCAUCUGCCAGGUGGCCCACGACACCCUAAAGGGGGACCCUCCUCUUCGUGGGACUGCCUACCUCUCUGAGGCCAUCCGAGUUCCACCCACCUUGGAGGUUACCCAACACACUGUGUCAGAGACCCAGGUGAAUGCCAUUGCCUGCCUGGUGAAGAACUUCUACCCCCCGCGCCUACAGCUGGCCUGGCUGGAGAACGGAAACACGUCCCGAACAGAAACGCCCCUGACCCUCGUAGAAAACCAGGAUGGGACCUUCAGCUGGAGGAGCUGGCUCCUCGUGAACCUGUCUGCCCACAGGGAGGAUGCGAUGUUCACCUGCCAGGUGGAGCACGAUGGGCAGCCGGCGCUCACCACAAACCUCACCCUGAUGGCCUCUGCUCACCAGGACAAGGUCAAAGGUCCAGGGACAUCUGCCAUUAUUUUUGCAACUUUCCUACUGGGUUUCAAGGUGCUGCUGGUGAUGAGUUUCACAGUCACCUACAUCCACAGGUGGAGGAACCUAUAACCAGCUCUUCCCUGCCACGGGAUAUAUUGCCUCCUGCCCUCUCCGAGGGGCUUAGGAGGGGAGAAGAAG